CGCGCCCCGCCUCGUCCUUCAUGGGGAGCUUCCUGAGCAGCAGCCUGGGCUCGGGGGCCCCCAGCCACCCCUCGGGCCCCGCCGCGUCCCCCCCGGAGCCGGCUUUCCGCGGGCCUCACUCCGGCACCUCCCAGAUCUGGUUCUCGCACUCCCACGAAGCCCCGGGGUACCCCCGCUUCUCCGGGAGCCUGGCGUCCACCUUCCUGCCCAUGAGCCACCUGGAUCAUCACGGGAACAGCAACGUCCUCUACAGCCAGCACCGCUUCUACGAGAGCCAGAAAGAUAACUUCUACCUGCGCAACCUGCCCGCCCAGCCCGCCCUGCUCUCCGCCGGCCACGGCUUCCCCGGCAUCGCCCGCGCCGCCCCCGGGCCCCCCGCCGGCUCCUGCAGCCGGGAGCGCGAUGCCGGGCCCCUGCCCAAGACCCCCAAGGACUACGACCGCUUCCUGGCGGCCAAGGAGAAGGCGAGCAAGGCGGACGGCAAGGAGCGGCCGCCGGAGGACGACGCCAAGGAGAGGCACCGGGCGGUGCUGCCGGUGCCGCCCGAGGGGCACUGCAAGGAGGGGCUCCCCCCCCGGGCGGCGGGCGACGGCCGCCCCAAGCACCUCGCCUCCUGCCUGCUGGGCGCCAAGGGGCUGGAGGGCGAAGGCGGCCGCGCCGCGCUGCCCAGCUGUGCCGGCAGCGCCCUGCCCCGCGCCGGCCGCUGCGCCAAGGAGCCGUGCCGCGGCGAGAGGGAGCCGGGAGCCCCCGAGGCUCCGCCGCCCUACGGCGAGUGCCUGGAGCGGCGGCAGAUGCUGCACCACGCCGUCUCCUACGCCGUGCCCACCGGGCCGGCCCCGCUCGGUGCCGCCGCCGCCGCCGGCUCCUUCCCCUGCCUGCAGCUGCACGCCGGCCCCGACGUGCUGUGCCCGCUGCCGGACAAAGCCGGGAGGGAGCUGAAGCUGAGCGGGGCCACGUUCGUGCCUUCGGUGGGACACCUGGCGGACAAGAGCCGCUCCUUCCAGGUGGCGGCCGAGAGCUGCGGGCUGGAGCGCGCCGAGGGCAAGGAGCGGCACGGCGAGGUGGGCGCCGAGCCCCCGGCCGCCUACGGCACCUCCUUCCACCACCACGCCAAGGCGGAGGGCAAGGCGGAGCGGCGGCUCGAGUGGGGCGGCCCCGGCGCUCGGCUGAAGGGGCUGGAGUACCUGGGGGGCGGCGGGGCUGCCGAGGGGCCCCCCUUCGCCGGCCUCGGCCCCCCGCCCAAGGGCGGCCUGGAGAAGGGCUAUUUCGAGGUGCCGCCGGCCCCGGACUGCUCCCGCGCCCCGCACGCCGACCCGCUGGGCGCCAAGGUGGGCCCGUCCUGCUGCACUUUAGAGAAGGGCCCCAAGGAGCCCCCCGGGCAGACCCCGCAGAAGGUGGCGCGGAUCCGGCACCAGCAGCACGGCGGCCCCGAGGCGGAGCCGGCCGGCGGCGGCCCCGAGGGCAAGCGGAAGGCCCUGGAGCUGAACUCCCUGGGCUACAACGGGCCCCCCCUGCCCCCCUGGGGCGUGCAGGGCCAGGGCCCCCCCAUGGCCAUGGCGGAGGAGAGGAAGGGCUCCUACCUGGACCCCUUCAGCACGAGUCUGCAGCAGGCUGCGUUGAUGACUCAGGGCUCGGUGCUGAGCCAGGACAUGCCGACCCCCCCGGACGAGGUCUCGGCCAUGAAGAACCUUCUCAAGUACAGCAACCAAGCACUUAUCGUGGGCCAGAAGGCUCCCUUCGUGGGGCUGGGCGGCAUCAAGGGCAGCUGCGCCCACCAGGACGCCAAAUUCCCCCCGGGCAAGGGGCAGCCGGAGCUGGAGCGGCCGGAUUGCGCCCGCAGCCGGGAGCACGAGCUGGGCCACGGCGAGGGCGAGGUGCGGCAGCCCCCCGUGGGCAUCGCCGUGGCCGUGGCGCGGCAGAAGGACACGCUCAGCCGCCCCGAGCCCUCCUACGGCAGCGGCUCCGGCCGGCAGGGCCGGGCGGCCGCCGGCAUCAAAGGUAGGGCCGGCACGGCGCGGCCCAUGCACGUCAUCGACCUGGAGGCAGAGGAGGAGCGGGGCCGGCUCUGCGAGGAGCGCCUGGGGCUGCCGGGGCGAGAGCUCCUUCUCCAGGACAACAAGGAGCUGGUGGAGUUCGCGCGGAUGCACCCCUCGGGGGGGUGCCCCGGGGACCUCACCCCCCACCUGAUGAUCGCGGGGGGCUCGUCGCUGCCGGCGGGCCAGCUCGGGGGGGACCCGGCCGCCCACGCGCACCCGGCGCACACGCACUGGCUGCCCCGCACCCGCAGCCCCUCCAUCUGGAUGGGGGGACACUCCUACGGCAUCGGCCACCCCGCGCUGCACCAGAACCUGCCGCCCGCCUUCCCCGCCUCCAUGCCCAGCACCAUGCAGCCCGUCUUCCCCCUCUCCCAGGAGCCCCCCGCCCAGCUCGUCAUCCUGCCCACCGAGCCCCCCGCCCACGGCACCCCCCACACGCUGGCCGACGUGAUGGACCAGGCGUCGCUGUGGCCCCCGAUGUACCCGGGCCGGGGUCCCGGCGCCCACCUGCAGCACACGGGGCAGCUGCCCGUGUACUCGCGCUCGCAGUUCCUGCGGCAGCAGGAGCUCUACGCCCUGCAGCAGCAGCGGGCGGCACAGGCCCUCGAGAUCCAGCGGCAGGCGCACGUCCAGCGCAAGCCGGAGGAGCAGCCCCUGGAGCUGGAGGACGUGUGUCCCGAGAAGCCCCUCAAGCCCUCCCACAAAGCAGUUGCCUUAAACCCCCCGGCCAAGGGCAUGUCCUCGGCGGCCCCCGGGCCCCCCAAGCUGUCCCCUUGCUGCCACUCCCCGGCCCUGCGGCACCCGGCCAAGUGCCCCGUGGCGCUCCCCGCGGCCCCCUGCACUUUACCCGUCUGCCCCGCCGCCAGCUCCGCCGUGGCCCCCCGCUCCCCGGCCGACAGCCCCGUCCCCAUCCAGAGCAAGGGCAGCGACGGCGAGGACAAGCGCGGGGAGGGACAGCCGCCCCGCGACUACCCCAAGUCCCUGGAGCCAGACCUGCCCCCGGGCUACAGCUACCCCGCGGCCAGCAUGGGCUUCUCGGAGGCGCACUCGGCCGAGCCGGCCGACCCCGACACGAUGCACGCGGGCUCCCCGCCGGCUGAGCCCGAGCAGUCGCGGACCUUCAGCCCCGCCGAGGAUGUGCUGAGGGAGCCCGGCCCCGUGCGGGAGCCGCCGGCCGGGGGGGCUGCAGCCGAGGGUCCCGGCGCCUUGCUGCACCGCCACCACCUCCUCCUCGCCCCGGGGCCGGCCCCGGCCAUGGUGGCCACCGAGGAGCCCUUCGGGGUGCGCCGGGAGGCGGCUCCGGCAGUGCUGGAGCAGAGCUCGGUGGAGCAGCAGCGCCCGGUGCCCGCGGUGGGCUCCUCACCGCUGGUCCCCCCUGGCGGCGAGGAGGAGGAGGAGGAGGAAGAGGAGGAGGAGGAGGGCAACAGCGAAGGCUCAGGGCCGGAGGGCAGCUGCGACGAGGAGGAGGGCGAUGGCUCCAGCCACGCGCCCAGCGGGCGGCAGGGCUGCCCGGGCGGGCUGGAGGCGCUCAUCGCCGCCGGCAUCGACCUGGGGGAGCUGCCGGCGCUGGGGUCCCCCGAGGAGCCCCCCCCGGCCCCCCCCUCGCCCGCCCCCUGCGCUGUGGGGCUGCCCGGCAUCGCUCUGCUCAGCGAGCUGGCCGACCUGGAGCUCCGCCGGCGCCGCUGCGACCUGGCCCUGGAAGGGGAGGACGAGGACCUGCUGGCCUUCAACCUGCAGAACCUGGCCACGGUGGCGGCCGCCUGGUCGCUGGUGGAGGCGGCCAGCCGGGAGGGCAGCCCGCCGGCGCUCAGCCCCCUGCCCACCUCGCCACCGCCCCGCGCCCGCGUGCCCCGCCGCAAGUACACCUGGACGCCCAAAACCAAGGCCGUGUGCCCCCUGAAGGCGGCCAUCGAGCAGCUCAACACGCAGGAGGUAGAGGUGCGGAUGCGGCUGGCCGAGCUGCAGCGGCGCUACAAGGAGAAGCAGCGCGAGCUGGUGAAGCUGCAGAGGCGGCACGACCACGAGCGCGACGAGAGCUCGCGGAGCCCGGCACGGCGCGGGCCGGGGCGGCCGAGGAAGCGCAAGCACUCCAGCACGCUGGGCAGGGCCGAGAGCCGCAAGGUCAAGGCGGUGAAGAGCAGCCUGUCCCUGCUGUGCGCCGGGCUGCGCGCCGAGCCCCAGCCCAAGAAGAAGCGGAGCAAGCUGGCCCAGGAGGCGUACGGAGGCAUCAAGGGCCCCCCCCCGGACAAGGUGCGGUGCAAGAAGAGCGGCUCGCAGAGCAAGCUGUCCUGCAAGGUGGCCCACAAGGUGUCGCAGCUGAAGCAGAAGGUGAAGAGCAAGGGGCUGCCCGCCGGCAUCAGCCCCUUCCGACGGAAAGACCCCAACCCCGGGGGCCGCAUCCAGAAGAAGCUGUCCCGCGCCAAGAGCUCCAAGGGCGGCGCCGCCAAGUACCAGCCGCAGGACCCCGACCCCCGCGAGCUGCCCGGCUUCAAAGGCAAGGCUGCUGUGUCCCCCCCCCCCCCCCCCACAGACGGGCACGACGAGGACUCGGACAGCGAGGACGGUGACGACGAGCCGGGCUUGGCCCUGCUGCCCUCGGUGCCCGUGGCCGUGCUGGGACCCUCGCCGUCCUCCGUGGUGAAGAUGGAGGCCAACGAGAAGGCGAAGAAGAAGAAGGAAAGGCAGGGGCUGCUCGGUCCCUGCCGCCUUGGCAGCCCCGAGGGCGAGGUGAAGAUCAAGCGGCGGCCGGUGAAGCCGGGAGCCGGCAAGCUGGAGAAGGUGCCGGUGCGGAGGAAGGCGGGCGCCUGCGAGGACGGCAGCAAGAAGAAGCUGAAGGCGAAGCCCAAGGAGAGCCUCAGGGCGCCGGCCCCGAGCGGCCCCAGCGCCCCGGCCCCCACCAACAGCCUCUUCGGGGGCGCCGACCCCCGGCACUUCGGGGCGCGGGACGACGGCGCCCGCCUGGCCAGCGAGCGGCUCAAGAAGGCGACGCGCAAGAACAAGGUGCUGCAGUCGGCCCUGAGGCGGAAGAACGGGGCUCUCUCGCUGGCCCUCUCGCCCCGGAGCGCCAAGACCAUCCUGAGCAAGGGCAAGAAACUGGCCAAGGUGAAGAGCAAAGUGGCCACCAAGCAGUGCAAGGGCCGGGCGGUCAGCAAGCUGCUGGAGAGCUUCACGGUGGAGGACGACUUCGACUUCGACGACAACAGCAGCUUCUCGGAGGAGGAGGAGGACGGGGGGGGCUGCGCGGGCGGGCGCCGCUCCCCCCUGCCCCACACCUGCGCCAUCCAGAAGGAGGACCUGCGGGACGGGCUGCACAUCCUCAUCCCCAAGGAGGACAGCCUGCUCUACGCCGGCAGCGUCCGCACCAUCCAGCCCCCCGACAUUUACAGCAUCAUCAUCGAGGGCGAGCGGGGGAACCGGCAGCGCAUCUACUCGCAGGAGCAGCUGCUGCAGGAGGCGGUGCUGGACGUGCGGCCGCAGUCGAGGCGCAGCCUGCCGCCCGGCACCCGCGUCUGCGCCUACUGGAGCCAGAAGUCGCGGUGCCUCUACCCGGGGAACGUGGUGCGAGGCUCCUCCAGCGACGAGGAGGAGGACGACCCCGAGGCGGUGAUGGUGGAGUUCGACGACGGGGACACGGGGCACAUCGCCGUGUCCAACAUCCGCCUGCUGCCGCCCGACUUCAAGAUCCAGUGCACGGAGCCGUCCCCGGCGCUUCUGGUCUCCAGCUCGUGCCGGCGGACAAAGCGGUCGUGCGGCGACGUGCCCCCGCCCGGCGAGCUGCCCCCCAGCCUCUGCCCGGACCGGCACGACGGCCCCGAGACCCCCAAGAACUCAGGCAAGAAGGCGGCCGGCAAGGAGAAAAGUGGCAAAGCCGCGGAGGUGCUGUCGGGCGGGAAGGCGCCGGUGCUGAGCGACCCGUUCGUGGGGCGGCGCGGCGGGCCGCUGCUCAGCUGGUCGGCGGUGGCGCAGACGAAGCGGAAGGCGGCGAGCAAGGGGACGGCCGUGCUGCAGAACCUCUUCCAGGUCAACGGCAGCGCCAAGAAGCUGCGGGCCAAAGAGGCGCUCUUCCCCGUGCACCACCACGUCGCCGCGCCCGUCUUCGGCAACGGCUUCGGGGCCGACUCCUUCAGCCGCAUCGCCAGCUCCUACGCGUCCUUCGGGGCCGGGGCUGGGCUGGUGCUGCCGGCUGCCCAGAAACUCCUGCGCUCCAAGAAGGCCGAGCGGCUGGAGGCAGAAGUGGGCAAAGGCGGCCGGAGAAAGGCAGGCAGUGAGUACCUGGUCAAGCUGGACCACGAAGGGGUGACGUCCCCCAAGAACAAGAACUGCAAGGCCCUGCUGCUGGGUGAGAAGGACUUUGGGGCCAAGCUGGAGCGGCCCCUGGCCAGCCACGGCUAUGCCCACGCGGCCCUGGCGGGCAAGGAUAGGAAGGGGCGGGCGCCCGUGCACCAGCUGCCCAUGGGGCUGGCGCUGCGGAAGUACUCGGGCCAGGCCGAGUUCACCCUGAACUGCGACAGCGACUGCCACAGCUCCUACUCGGACAUGGACGAGGACGAGGAGGCGGGCGGGCUGGGCGCCGACGUGCCCUCGCGCUUUAUGACCCGCCUCUCGGUUUCCUCCUCUUCCUCGGGCUCUUCCACCUCCUCCAGCUCCGGCUCCAUCUCCACGUCCAGCCUCUGCUCCUCCGACAACGAGGACUCCUCCUACAGCUCCGAGGACGAGGACUCCACGCUGCUGCUCCAGACCUGCCUCUCGCACCCGGUGCCGGCGCUGCUGGCGCAGCCGGAGGCCCUGCGCUCCAAGAGCAGCGCGCCGCAGCGCUGCUUCCUCACCAAGGCCGCCGCCGCCGGCCCCAAGGCCAAGCUCAAGCGCAAGGAGGCCCUCAGCUUCUCCAAAGCCAAAGAGUUCUCCCGGAGGCAGCGCCUGCCCUCGGUGGAAAACCGGCCAAAGAUCUCCGCCUUCCUGCCCGCGCGCCAGCUCUGGCGGUGGUCCGGGAACCCCACGCAGCGGCGGGGCAUGAAGGGGAAGGCGCGGAAGCUGUUCUACAAGGCCAUCGUGCGGGGCAAGGAGACGCUGCGCAUCGGGGACUGCGCCGUCUUCCUCUCGGCCGGGCGGCCCAACCUGCCCUACAUCGGGCGCAUCGAGAGCAUGUGGGAGUCGUGGGGCAGCAACAUGGUGGUGAAGGUGAAGUGGUUCUACCACCCCGAGGAGACCAAGCUGGGCAAGCGCCAGAGCGACGGCAAGAACGCGCUGUACCAGUCGUGCCACGAGGACGAGAACGACGUGCAGACCAUCUCCCACAAGUGCCAGGUGGUGGGCCGGGAGCACUACGAGCAGAUGACGCGCAGCAGGAAGUACCAGGACCGCCAGGACCUCUACUACCUGGCGGGCACCUACGACCCCACCACGGGCCGGCUGGUGACCGCCGACGGGGUGCCCAUCCUCUGCUGA